AUGUAAUAAAGCGACCCACGCUGCUGCCGUACGGGCGAUCAGUGAAAGAGGACAGCAGGGAUCAGACGCGAAUUCGAGAAGCCUGAUUGCGGUGAGUAGAAAGCACCUUUGGUUUGUCCCGAUUGGUCGACGUGUGAUGUGGGUCUCUGGAUUCGCCCUUAUAUGUGGAUCACCGAAGUAGAUUCUUCAGGAUAUUUGUACAAACGAAGAGCGAAGAACUUUUUGUAGAGAACAGUGUGUUUUUUAUUACUUGUGUCUAUCGAACGCUUAUUUUCUUCUGGUGAGUACUAAAUCAGUUAUUCUUGUCCUGCCUGUUGUAACUUUUAAUAUUAAUAAUUAGAGUCCAUUCUAAAUUUAGUAUUGUCUAAUACUUUCGUUAUUUCUAUUGACAUGGAUAUUUUUUAAAUAUUUUAUAUUACCGAUUUCACCCACGUAACAUGAUUGCUUGGUGAAAGAGGGUACAGGAGGGACUGGCAGUGUGUACGAAGAUUACGUGAAAUAGAAAGGAUCGGUGAUCGAAAAAUACUACGUGAAGAUCGACAAGAUUCUGGGCUUGUGAUUGGUCGAUCGUUGGCGUGGGAUCUUGCAGUCACCCUUAUAGAUCGGAGGAUCGUCGAUCCACCUUGCAGUUUCUCGAUCAAGAGGUUCUCUGCAAACAAAGCGUACAGAGAACUUGUAAUUGUUAUACAAGAAUGUUUGGAAGAAAGUGCAUUGUGCUUGCUGCUUUCGUUUGCAUCGCAGCAUCUGAUGGGGUGACGCUUCACAGGAUGAAACGUCAAACCUUCCCUGGACAAGGUGGCCAGGUGAUAGAUAGCAUUUUUAAUAUCCCAAUCACGGCGAUUAAACAGACCGCUGCAGCUGCUCAAUCCUUCAGUCCACAAAAUUCUCAAGCAAUUGAUAGCAUUUUACAGAUUCCUGUUUCAACCCUCGAAGCUGUUGGCAAUUUGGUGAAAACAACGUCAGGACAGAGACGUCCAAAUUCUGAAGAUCUACAACAACAAAUACGACAAGUAAGAAGAGACAGAAUACAGGCUCAAAGGGAACGACAAAGGUUGCAGAGAGAACAAUUGCAGCUAGAACGUAUAAAACAACAAGAAGCAAAGAAGACUAUCAAGAUAAAGGACAAAGAUCCAUUUGGUUUGAACAGCUUAACUUUCCUGGUUGGUAAUCAUGGCAUUUUAGGUAGCAUUCAAGGUGUUUUUGGUGGUCAUGGUGGGAAUGGCGGUCAUGGCGGUCAUGGUGGUCAUGGUGGUCAUGGUGGUCAUGGUGGUCAUGGUUCCCAUGGAAGUCACGGAGAGACCUCAGGUAACAACCAAAACACCUACGAAGUCCACGAGAAUGUAGAAGAGGAUUCAAACUAUUCGUGGCAUGGGAUUACCGCUGGAUUUGGAUCUUACCAUGGUUCCCGACCAUCGAACACAGAGAUUACUAUCCAGAACAAAAUCGCUCCUAAAGACGACAUAUCAAAUCCAUACUUUUAUGAUAAUUCGAAGAUUCAGCACAAAAUUACAAAUGUAAGAGAUAGAUUUGAAGAUCCACCAUUAGAGAACAAAAUUGCGCCCAAGAGCAACAGAAUAUCGUUCAGAUCUUGAAGAGGAGGAAACUUAACACGCAUAAGAAUUUGCACUGAAUACAACUUGCAUCGUAAAUUUUUAUCAAUAUACACGUGUUUAUAGGGUAAAAUUAAAGAGUCGAUGACGUACGUCGGUUUUUGUGUUCACACAGAAAAAGUGGAAACAGUAUUAAGUAUAGAAUUAUAUAAGUAUUCUACGAAUAGUUUGAAAGAGUCAUCGUAAUAUCGAUAAGCCUAAGUGGAUGAAUCAUAUCGUCACUGUUUAUGCAGGUAACAAAUGACGAAAGUGUAUUGCUUAGUUAACGAAUCUAUAACGAUACCACUAAUAAGAACUAUGAAGAAUGAGAUGUCUAUACUUUUAUCAUGAAAUUAAAUUAACACCUUGAAUAUUGCAAUGAAAUGGCAUUAAAAUUAUAUUAUUAAUACGAUUGCAUUUUAAAUAAUUGUGGCAUUUCUACUAAACAAUUUUUUUUCUUUUAAUUCAGCUUUAUUCAUAGUGUUAAUGAGAUAUCCAAGUAGCAUAAAUUAUCCAUCCAGGAGACUGGAAUAUGCAGAAGGAACAAUCAUACUUUUAAACACCUUCCCAGAAAUUACAAUAAGACAACACUUUCUUUUGCUGUGACAUUUGUGCUUUUGCAAUUUUUAUUUAUAUCGUGAAAAUAAACAUUCAUACUCUACUCGUGAGAUUUUCGCGCAUUUUCUGUUCACGAUUCACGAAGACAGGUUUGUAAGGGAGUCACGAAAAAAUUCGUGAAUUGGUAUGCAUGUUAACGAUGCGAAAAAUAUUCAUAUUAUUCGAACGUAACAUCAUUGUCGAAAAGACACAGCAUGUGUACUCGUGUAACGCUUUGAAUUGAAAUAAACUUCCUAUUCCUUUGUGUGAAACUAGUUAAAUCCUAUCUCAAGGAUUCAUUGUGCGAACGAAUCUAUUGUGCACAGAUUUCCAUUAGAAAUAUUAAAUUUUUUAAAUUUUAUUUUGAAUUCAAAUAAAGAAUUGAUCACUUCACUAUUUGUUUUGUCACUGUAAUCU